AUGCACGCGUUGUUUUGCCCUCAGGCCUCUCCGCAAACUACCAAGAACGAGACCACCGGACCCUCACCCACUGAGACCGGUGGUGGCGCUACCUCGGGAAUCGCCUCACUCAAAUCCUCCGUCCGUAGUCCCGAUAACAAAGUCGACGACCCUGGCGCUGGGGAUCUCACGGGCAGAAGCUGCACCUCCCUGCACACCACCUCCCCCCUGCCGAGGGAGCAGCAGGAGCCGCCAAGUGGUUAUGUCAGCGAAGACGACAACGACGACCGUCACCGCCGCAGCGGCACAGAUUCUACCAGGGCCAAUGCCCUCCAACCGCCCGUCCCAUCGAUGAUGGGGUGUGCGGUGAACAAAACCGGUCGCCACGUUGGCCAGGAAGAGGUGGCGGCGGAGUUUUCAGGCCUGUCUUCCUGUGCCAGUGAUAACACCUCGCGAACCACGGCGCCCUCCAGCUUCUCUUUUGGCGGCCCU